UGAUCCCUCGGAACGUAUGACCUCAUGACCUGUCUCCGGCCUUGCUUGGGAUUAGCUUCAGCAGCUCGGCGAGUCGAGUGGAAUUGAGACGAGCGGAGUCGCCACAAUCAUGCUCAAAUGUCGAAGCGUGUGGAGAACGCUUGCUCCCUUUGCCGGAGCCUCGGCAACCUUGUGCCGGCAAAAUGUCAGACGUACAGGUUUGAACAAUGGCAGAACGCCCGCACACGUACCCGCGGCUCACGUGGCGACGGGGCCUGCGGGCGGCGGCGGCGGGCAAAACCACUUCUAUGUCCUUCUGGUUGGCGGAACCUGCCUUGGGGGAGCAAUAUAUGCAUACAGAACUCUUAAAGGAGACCAGCGAAGAUAUCAGGAACGAAUUGCAGAAAUUUCAUCUCGACCGCAUCGCCGCGCCAAAGAAGCAACGACGAGCAUCCGCACAGAAGCUCCUGCCACAGAGGCCGUUGCGACACAAGCUGUUGCCGAGGCGGAAGCUCAAGUCAAACCUCCGUCGCGAGAGCCGAGCGGUCCGGCGCCGGACGCUGAGUCGGCGGCCCCGAGUGAGACAACUCAACCUCCACGAGCAGACGGGCCUGUGUUCGGAGGAGCGGCGGAAGAAGCGCCUGCCGAGCCGCAAGUUGAGGAGGCCGCAAGACAGGACUCUGCGCAGCCCUCGCUCACACUCCCGUGGCACGCCCCCUACCUCCUCAUUGGCGGAGGGACCGCCUCCUUCGCCGCUGCCCGCUCUAUUCGAGCCAGAGACCCCGGCGCCCGCGUCUUGAUCGUGACGGACGAGCCGGACCUCCCGUACAUGAGACCGCCUCUGUCCAAAGAGCUGUGGUUCUCCGACGACCCCGCUGUGACGGAGACGCUGCGUUUCAAGCAGUGGAACGGGAAAGAACGAAGUAUUUACUUCCAGCCACCGUCGUUCUACAUUAGUCCAGAAGAACUGAGCGAUGCGGAAAAUGGAGGCGUGGCCGUUCUCACGAGCAAAAAGGUUGUCCACAUGGAUGUGAGAGGAAAUAAAGUGAAACUAGACGACGACACAGAGAUUUCCUAUGACAAGUGCUUGAUUGCCACAGGCGGCGUUCCGAGAAAUUUGCAAGUCCUAGACCGAGCGGGCGAGGAGGUGAAGAACAGGACCACUUUGUUCCGGAAGAUUGAGGACUUCAGAUCCUUAGAUAAAGUCUCCAGAAACAUGAAGUCCAUCACCGUCGUCGGAGGCGGCUUCUUGGGCAGCGAGCUGGCCUGCGCCCUCGGCCGGCGAUCUCACGAUUCCGGUCUGGAGGUGAUCCAGAUGUUCCCCGAGAAGGGCAACAUGGGCAAAGUUCUGCCCGAGUAUCUCAGCAACUGGACGACGGAAAAAGUCAAAACGGAGGGUGUAAAAGUCCUCUCGGAAGCUUUGGUCAAAUCUGUCACCUGCAAAGAUGAUCAAUUGGAGAUCAAACUAAAGGACGGCCGAUUGGUAAAAACGGAUCACAUCGUCGCGGCUGUCGGCCUGGAGCCGAACGUGGACCUCGCCAAGUCGGCGGGUCUGGAGGUGGACUCGGACUUUGGCGGCUAUCGAGUCAAUGCGGAGCUGCAAGCUCGCUCCAACAUUUGGGUGGCGGGAGACGCCGCGUGUUUCUACGACAUCAGGCUGGGCCGCCGACGAGCGGAGCACCACGACCACGCCGUCGUCAGCGGCCGACUGGCGGGGGAGAACAUGACGGGAGCCGACAAACCUUACUGGCAUCAGUCUAUGUUCUGGAGCGACCUCGGUCCCGACGUUGGUUACGAGGCCAUCGGGAUUGUGGACAGCGGUUUGCCCACUGUGGGGGUCUUCGCCAAAGCCACCGCCAAGGACACCCCAAAAGCCGUCACUGAGAAGUCUGGAACCGGCAUCCGCUCGGAGAGCGAAACCGAGGACGUGGCGUCGAGCGCCGCGGCCCCCUCCGCGCCCGCGCCCGCCGUGGCGCGCGAAGACGACUACGGCAAAGGCGUCAUCUUCUACCUGCGAGACAAAGUGGUGGUGGGCAUCAUCCUGUGGAAUGUUUUCAACCGAAUGCCCAUCGCAAGAAAGAUCAUCAAAGAUGGCGAGGAACAUGCAGACCUGAAUGAAGUCGCCAAGCUCUUUAACAUCCACGAGGAUUAGGAUUUUUGAGGACUUCCUGCUUUACAAUAUCCGAUCAAGAUUUGUGUAGAUCGUAUGAUUUCACUGAAUUAUUUUCCUACUUGAGUUGAAAUUGCCAUCGAUUGACCAAAAUUCCGAUUCCCGCCCAGCCCGGGUCAAACGUUUGUGUCUCCAAAUUCCGGGAACAGUCUAAGAGCCGUCACGGCAGCUCAUUGGGAGAAAGGCUGAAAUAAAAUCUAUUUUUAAAUUGGGA